CGCGGUAGGCGGGUCGAAAAGGUGUUUGGGGCAUUUGUUUCGCUGAAAUGGUAUCUGAUGCAAAACAGCUUGCCACAUUCCUGGCUUGACUGGCUCGUUUUCAACAAGGUCAAGCGUGUGCUAGGCGGCCGCCUACGGUAUGCAUUAUCUGGCGGUUCAUCCAUAUCAAGAGAAACACAAAAGCUCUUGUCGAACGAGUCAAGCGGUGUCAUUGCAGUCCAAAGCCCAGAAACCUUUUGCCUCCAGCGGACAGGUGCUGUGGUGCCAAACAUGGAUAUCAAGCUAGUCAGUGUUCCAGAGGCGGAAUACUAUGCAUGCAAUGGGGUUGGCGAGAUCUGGGUGCGUGGACCAGCUGUCGCCCUCGGCUAUUUGUGCCCUGAGAACGUAUGCAAGCCAGUAUGUGCAACCACAGCUGACGGCUGGUACCGCACUGGUGACAUUGCACGGUGGCAUGCCGACGGGCAGUUUGAGGUUAUUGACCGGAUCAAAAACAUCCAAAAGCUGGCGAAUGGCGAGUACGUUGCUAUUGAGAAGCUGGAGGCAGUGUACAAGACAUCAAUAUAUGCAGCCAAUGUAUGUGUCGAUGUGCAGCCAGACCAGCGGCAGCCGAUGGCAGUCACCGUUGUCCAGCUGGGGGAGUCCCUCGGCUUUUCGCCCGACAGCAAGAUACAUGAUCUGUGCAAUGAUCCGAGGAUCCAGGAGCAUAUAUUCAGCUCGUUGCUUGAAGCAGCAGCAGCACACGGGUUCCUUAGAACCGAGACGGUGUUUGGCUGCAUCAUCGACCCAGACAGUUGGACCCCAGAGAACGGACUCCUGACUGCAGCAGCAAAGCUCCAUCGUGCGCGCAUUCGGCAGAGGCUUGCGCGGCAAAUAGACGCUGCCUACCUCCUGCAUAAGCCAUCGGUCUAAGCUGUUAGCGAAUUUAUUG